AUGGCAUCCGGUCCUCACGGCCAUUCUGGAUGUAUUCAGUAUUAUGAUCUUGCUUAUACUUCUGGCUUGGGAUUCGCAACAGUAGGAGCAAAUAAUGGGAACAAUGGAACGUCUGGUGAACCUUUCUACCAUAACCCCGAUGUUAACAAAGAUUUUGCUUAUGGUUCAAAUCAUACUGGAGUUGUGGUCGGGAAACAGCUCACGAAGCUCUUUUAUGAACAGGGACUCAACAAACCUUAUCAUCUUGGUUGUUCUACAGGUGGCCGUCAGCGUUUCGAAUCCACUCAGAAAUACCCUCAUGACUUCGACGGCGUCGUCACAGGCGCACCCGCAUUUAAUUUCGUGGAGCGUCGUAGGUCUGGAACAGCCCGCGUGAUUGCACUGCAAUUUGAGCCCCCUCGAAACAGUGUCAGCUCUAGAGCUGUACCAAUUCGCGGCACCUUGGGCUUGCGGUGCGUGCGCUUCUCACUCUUGCUCAAGCAUCUGCAUGCGUACAGUACAUACAAAGUACGACUACGACUUGAGGUCCCGUUUGUAAUUAUGUCUGCUAGACAAGUUAUGCACAAAUAA